CGAUUCGUCGCUCAAUCUAUAACCGAGGGUUGGACAGAGUUACCUUCCUUAUCCCAAUUACCUCCCCUACCAGGAGAGAAAGAAAAUGAGGAAAAAAAUGAUAACUGAGAUGUUAAAAUGAUGAGAAGGUAACGAUGUAGAGCUAGAAGAUAUCCGGAAGUCGUACACAUCUUGCAGUUCACGAGACACUGGUCUCAAGCUCAACGUGAAAGAAGAGUCCGUUUUUCUAUGGUAUACACGAGACCACGAGUUGUAACAUGUGUGGUAGAGGUUUGUUUAGACUUUAUAUAAGGCCAAGUGGUUUGGCGUGCAUGUUUGUCUUGGUUAUAGCUUGUCGCCAGCCUGAGCUCAGCAAAAAUAAACAGUAUUGUCUUUUGAUACCGCCGACCACCCAUAGCUCAAAAGUCUCCCGAUGGAUAUAAAAGGGGAGAGAGAAGUUCGGUGGGUGGAGGUUUGGAGUUCUAGAGAGAGAGGAGAGAGUAGUUUGGAGAGAGUUCAAGGCCAUUCCGCGUGUGUCGUGUGCGAGGUUACCGGUUACAAAUAACAAAUACUCGUCGUAAGUGGUGGCUAUCAACAGCCUAAUCAGUACCACGCGGUACCCUGUUUCAACCGUUGGUCACGACAUAAGCCAAUUUGAAAGCGCAAUAACGUGAGCGAUAAGGCAAUAGCGACAGUCCCCUUGACCUACUCUAGACAUAUUUUACAGACAAAAAUACAACAGCAGAUAAGAUCCUGUCCAGAGCAAUGAGGGAAGGUCCACUUGAAAUUCUGACCCUUGCAGUUCUCGUGCUGCAAGGGGCCAAGGGAGGUAAUGACAGGGAGCCCCUGCCGGCGGGUUCCGUGGGGGUAACUUUUCUCGUCUCAGUUCAACGAUACCAUGGAGUUAUGCCUUGCAACAGUUGCGACCCCACAAUUAGUCAACGGAAAAACGUACAAUGAAACGGAGCCAAUUGAUGUCAAAACCUGCGACAAAGGGAAGCUUACUUUCACAGUCAACAUGGGCAGCACUGACCGCGUCAGCAAGAUGGAUGUGGUGGUGACAUUUUACACCAAUAUCAUACUUGCUAUGCCGCCUACCUGCAGCAUUCCGUGGAAUGGAACCUACCUGGAACUUUAUACUUCCAACACCAGUGAAUCACCUCUACCCACUUGCUUUGUCUCCAACUCGCAGGAGGGCUAUCACACAAUGUACUACUGGUUCAGGCUGCUUGAUUGGACAUUCUUCACACUUCAACAGACUGAACUAUUUGUUACUCAAUUACAAAUAUGCAUACAUUUUCAUAACUGAACAUUACCUGUCCUAAUGCACAAAAUACAAAAUGAUUGAAGGCAGCUAUAUUCUCAUUUGCCCAUUCUAACUGGAGCAAUCAAUUAAAAAAAUACAUGCCCUGCCAUGGGUGUGUGUAUAUAUAUCUCAUGUAACAAGCCAACCCUUCAGCUCACUCCUGAAUUCUACAUCUUCACUUACACUGGUUUCUGUUCAUCAUUGCGUACUGUGUAUACCGUUAGAAAACUGCUCAAUGCUAUGCUUUGUAGUAUGUUAAACAAUAUGUAGUUCUGUGAGUACUGCAAAGUUUACCUCCACACAGGUAAACAUGUUUUAUGUUAACAUUAUUUAUAACACACAUACCUACAAAAAUGAAGUGGAUACCUGCUAGGUUAGAGCACCAGUAUAAUUGCAGGAGUGCACAUAUUAACUGGUCUGAUACCCCCAGGGUGUUGUGUACAGCUUUUGAAUGGUACAUUACUCCAUAAUGGAAUGCCCAAGAAAAGAAUGAAGAAACACUACCAUCACAUAACAGAUGUUACCAAGAAAAUUUUGGUCUUCAGCUUCUCACUCCCUGAAGAACCAAGGCUACCUUUAAACACGCGUAUAUUUAUACACCAAAACUUGGAACUUUCUGCUAUAUUUUUCUACUAAGCAGUCUAACCUAUUGUUUUAAAGUAUUGAAAUUUAGCCCAGUUGUGUAAAAAGUGAAUUCCUAGAAGUUUCUGCCCCACAGCAAAAUGUAAGUCACAGCUGCAAAAUUCAAUAAACUGGUUUGGUAGUAGGAAAGGGAGAACAUUAGGUGGUGAGAACACAACUGCUGGAUUGGUUCUGAUACAAAGAGAUUAUUUUCCAUGUGGUGCAUACCAAAAAGGGUGUAAAAAAAAAGUCAUGACCUAGGCUCCAAAGCCGUAGUUUUAAUAUUUGCACUACUGAAUACAUGCUUCUCCAGUUUGGACAUCAUCUUUAGAUCAAGACAGAUGCUUUAUGUGAUAAUCAUUCUUCACCAUGGCUUGCUCAGCUGCCCUCACCUUAUUUUACAUCCCUCUGCCUUCAUGUGAAAUUUUGGCGUCGUUAAAAUGCAUAUACAGCUAAGUAUGCACUGCUAAAAAUUUUUUUAAAAAGUCUAAAUACUGAGACAGGAACAAAGGCUGAGUAUGCAAAUAUUUUUACAUUCAAAUAUUUGGGGAUACUCAACUUGUACAUUUGUAAAAAAAAAAUUAUCAGUUGUAGUUUCAACUCUGUAUUUAUAGUCACUGCAGCUGGUAAUAUACUGACUAUUCUGCAAAGUGCCAAGUGUAACUAAAAGUGUCAAAUUAAAAUAUACUGUAAAUCUGUGAUAAAUGAUUAUGCAUGCCUUACAUUCUGUCACACUGAUAACUGAAUAAAGUUUCUUAAA